UUAGGGCGAGGGUUUUCGAUGGUGGAGCGCGAAGGCGGCAGCUAAGAUCCGAGGUUUGUGCCGAUCGAGGGCAACGAUUUCGAGCGGAGCUUUGUGAUCGGCGAUGCGAUGCAGUCUAUGGAGGAAGGCGAGGCAUCCGGCAAGGUUUCCAUGGCCGCAUUGUCGGCUACGUUCACCCGGCUUAAGAAGCAAGUGGCAUUCGAGCGACAAGCUUAUGUCAAGGCAAGGAUGGAUGCAAACUCGGAGAGAUUGCAAGGAUUUUGUACGCACUUACUGGCGCUGUCCAGCUCCCGCGCUGUGAAUAACAGGAAUCACGCCGACAACGAUAUGCUCAACACACGGAUCCAAAAGGCGCUCAACAAGCUUGGGACUGAUCCAGCAGCCGCGGAUCAGCAGUGUGGCUCGCAAGAUGACUCCUCGGCUCCUAUUCUUUUCAACAAUUCCGGUGGGAAGAGCAUUGUGAAGCCCGUCAGGCUGCAAACCGUGCAAAAGACGCCGCCAUAUACAACUUGGAUCUUCUUGGACAGGAAUCAGCGGAUGGCCGAAGAUCAAUCCGUCGUUGGUCGAAGAAGGAUCUAUUAUGACUCUGCUGAAAAUGAAGCGUUGAUAUGCAGUGACAGUGAGGAAGAACAAGUCGAGGAGGAAGAAGAGAAACGUGACUUUAGCAAAGGUGACGAUUUUCUCAUCAGAGCCACUGUCCAAGAACAUGGAUUGAGUAAAAUGAUGUUUAAGGCGCUGGCUGACUGUCUUGAUGCAAAGCCGAGCGAGAUAGAGGCACGGUAUGAAAUACUAGCGAAGGACGGGGACAAACUCAAAAGCGAGGAAAAGCAUGAUCUUCUAUCUGCAAUGGACUCCUUCGAUAAUCUUUUCUGUCGACGUUGUUUGGUGUUCGACUGUCGGCUUCAUGGUUGCUCGCAGCCGGUGAUAAUUCCUUUCGAUAAGCAGACUCCACUUAACAAGACGGGGGAACUGCCGUCAGUACCAUGCGGUCCCUGCUGUUUCCAUUUGCCACGCCUUUCAAGCCACCACGAUGCCACUUCUUCAGGCGUAGAGUCCAAACCCGUUCCUGUAGAAAGCACAGCACCUGCUAUUGAGAAGAGCUGGCAAGUUCCGGAUUCCAAAGACAAGGGCGUCGCUACGGAACCAGUCGCCAAAACUGUGGACAAGCCUCCUGAGGCUCCUAAGAAGAGCUUCAAAGAUAAAAGUGUGACCGCUCUCAGAAGGUUGCUACUAAAGAGGAAAGCGACGAGACAUACAGACGAUGACACAAAUGAGGCGCGUAAGAAACACCAUGUGGAAGGAUCGCAUGCUGAGGUGGGAGAUGGCAGUGGCAAUGCGACUCGCGGCGAGAAUACUGGGGCCAGCAUGUACUUGAAAAAACUGGUUAGCAAGAAGCUUUACGCUCAGAGAAAAUGGAAAGGAAGCCAGAUCACCACUGUGAAGCGGCCGCCACCUGUAAUCAAGGAAUCAGAGGAUGUGAUGCAGAGCAUAUCCAAGAACCUUACGCUAUAUGACAGUAACUGGAACACUUUGGAGAAGGACCUUUACGAAACAGGGCUGCAAAUCUUUGGUAGAGACAGCUGUCUUAUUUCAAGGAAUUUGCUAAGGGGAAUGAAGAGCUGUGCCGAGGUUGGGGAAUUCAUGCAGCUUGAGGCAGCCGUGAACUGGAAGCUGAAUGAAGAAACAAAGCUCCAACAGGAUGGAAACACAGUCAUUGAGGAUGCGACGGAGAUUGACCGUUCGCGGUCCAGGUUGUACAACGGACGCAGGAGGGGACGUGUACGUAGGCUAAAGUACACAUGGAAAUCCGUGGGCUAUCCAGCUAUCAGGAAAAGACUCGUGGAUGGGAAGGAUGGCUGUAGACAAUACACACCCUGCUCUUGCUCGGAGUCGUGCGGAAAGCAGUGUUCUUGCCAUCGAAAUGGGACGUGCUGCGAGAAAUAUUGCGGGUGCUCCAAGAACUGCAAAAACCGCUUCAGGGGCUGCCAUUGCGCUAAAAGCCAGUGUUCCAGUCGGCAAUGCCCGUGUUUUGCAGCUGGACGGGAAUGUGAUCCUGAUGUCUGUAGAAAUUGCUGGAUUGGGUGCGGGGAUGGAUCGCAAGGCGGACCACCGGCACGGGGUGACAGCUACGAAUGUCGAAACAUGAAACUUCUUCUAAAGCAACAACAGCGGGUUUUACUUGGAAGAUCUGAUGUCGCUGGCUGGGGUGCAUUUUUAAAGACGCCGGUAAAUAAGCAUGACUACCUUGGAGAAUACACGGGAGAGCUUAUAUCACAUCGUGAAGCUGACAAGCGUGGCAAGAUUUACGACCGCGAGAACUCGUCCUUCUUAUUUAAUUUGAAUGAUCAGUACGUACUGGAUGCCUGCCGCAAGGGUGACAAGCUCAAAUUUGCAAAUCACUCGCCAAAUCCAAACUGCUAUGCAAAGGUGAUAAUGGUUGCUGGGGAUCACAGAGUUGGCAUAUUUGCAAAGGAACGUAUAUCAGCCGGUGAGGAACUGUUCUACGACUACAGGUACGAAGCCGAUAGAGCUCCUCCGUGGGCUAGAAAACCCGAAGACGGCCAGAAGAAUGACGAAGCCGCAAGUGGAUCCGGUCGGGCUCAGAAGACAGCCUGAAGCAGGCUGCUAGGUGACAGUUUUGGAGAGUUCUGCUUGGAGUAAACUACGUCCUGAAGUUCAGGAAUGAGAUUUGAUUCAUUUGUGAGCAACAUAGUGCUAGACGAAGAGCUUCGAUCAAGAGAGUCAUGAACGUCGAGAUCCUGUAAGUCACCAUGUUUGGCUUGUACUCUUUAACUCCCUUCUACAGCCAAAUGCUUCGAACUCCCAUCUUCAUUUGUUCCGGAAUCGUUGGAAAUCUUCAUGCCUCGGUGGUGAUUUCCUUGCAAGCCUAGGAACUAUGAAAUGUCUUGAAGUUGGAUAAUGUGCGCUUUAUUUUAAAUUUGUUCCGACAAUCCAAACAAAUUUGAAUGAUUA